AUGGGUCCGGUAGAGUAUAGGACAUCGUCACUUUACUUCUUCUCACAAGUGAAGAACAAGCUUCUCUUUCCAAGUCUAUAUCAAGUGCUUCGGCUCGCUGAUCCAUCGUUCGUGAGUUUAUUUUAUCUGGCAAGUGAAGAACAAGUAUCUCUCAGCCCUACAGACCUAUUCAUCUUCAUCCUGCUGGCUUUCAGCCGCGAUAUUUUUGAAAAAGCCACCGAUAUACUAGCGAUUCCAAUUGAACCACCGCUCAAAGCUAGUGGCGACCAUUCAGUCAGAAAUGAUUCAAAUAGUGAAGCACUCGGCCAUUUGAAAGCCCCAAUCAGUGGUGAUCAUUCAGUCAGAGAUGAUUCAGAUGAUGAAGCACUCGGCCAUUUGAAAGCCCCAAUCCUUGGUGGAGAUCCGAACCAGAAGCCCGGAUACUGGGCUCGGUGA